CGUCGCCGAGUGGUGUGCGAGCGACUGGGCCGUCUCGAAAACUGUCUCGUGGGUAGACUCAAACAUAUUAUUGAUAUUGACCAUAGUGCAUAUCUAUUUUGGUUCAUUGUUGAAUAAUACAUUUAACGAUACUGUUAUAUUUCUAGAAAAGAUAGAGAAUGGCUGCUGCCGCUGAGGUGAAUGGUACUUCUGCCCUGGUGAGGGAGGAAGAGGAGCCUAUGGAAGUCACUGCCGAAGGCGAGCACACAGAGAACUACCAGACGCUCAUCGACGCUGGACUGCCUCAGAAAGUGGCCGAGAGUCUCGACAACGUAUUCUCAACUGGCUUGGUGGCGUACGCUGACCUGGAUGAGAGGGCCAUUGAUGCUCUGCGGGAGUUCAAUGAAGAGGGAGCGCUGUCUGUACUGUUGCAGUUCAAAGAAAGUGACCUGUCCCAUGUGCAGAACAAAAGUGCUUUCCUUUGUGGAGUCAUGAAGACGUACAGACAGAGGGAAAAGCAGGGAAGUAAAGUACAAGAAUCCACCAAGGGUCCCGAUGAGUCCAAGAUCAAGGCUCUGUUGGAGCGGACAGGAUACACCUUGGACGUCACCACGGGACAGAGGAAAUAUGGAGGGCCCCCACCAGAGGAAGUGUUCCAGGGAGCACAGCCUGGGAUUGGAACGGAGGUGUUUGUGGGAAAGAUCCCCAGAGAUCUGUAUGAAGACGAGCUGGUGCCACUGUUUGAGAAGGCGGGAACAAUCUGGGACCUGAGGUUAAUGAUGGACCCUCUUUCAGGUCAGAACCGGGGAUACGCCUUCAUCACCUUCUGCGGCAAAGAUGCAGCAGCUGAGGCGGUGAAACUUUGUGAUAACUAUGAAAUCCGGUCUGGGAAAUACCUUGGAGUGUGCAUAUCUGUCGCAAACAACCGCCUGUUUGUUGGAUCAAUCCCAAAGAACAAGACCAGAGAGAGCAUAUUGGAGGACUUUGGCAAAGUCACAGAGGGGCUUCAGGAAGUGAUCCUCUACCACCAGCCGGACGACAAGAAGAAGAACCGUGGCUUCUGUUUCCUGGAGUACGAGGACCACAAGUCUGCAGCCCAGGCCCGCCGCCGCCUGAUGAGUGGAAAGGUGAAGGUGUGGGGGAACCCGGUCACUGUGGAGUGGGCUGACCCGGUCGCUGAGCCCGACCCAGAUGUAAUGGCGAAGGUGAAAGUCCUGUUUGUCAGGAAGUUAGCCACCCCGGUCACAGAGGAGCUACUGGAGAAGACCUUCUCUGCGUUUGGAAAGCUGGAGCGGGUGAAGAAGCUCAAAGACUAUGCCUUUGUUCACUUUGAGGACAGGGACGCAGCUGUGAAGGCAAUGGCAGAAAUGAAUGGGAAGGAGCUGGGGGGAGAGGAGAUUGAGAUAGUCCUGGCCAAGCCCCCUGACAAGAAAAGGAAAGAGAGGCAGGCUCAGCGCCAGACCACCAGAAACCCAGGGUAUGAUGACUAUUACUACUACCCACCGCCACGCAUGCCUCCACCAGGUAGGGGCAGGGGCCGUGGUGGCAGAGGGGGCGGUGGCUACGCCGCCUACCCCCCAGACUACUACAGCUACGAGGACUACUACGAUGACUACUACAGCUAUGACUAUCAUGACUACCGCGGCGGUUACGAGGACCCGUACUACGGUUACGACGAUGUGUACAGCAUGAGGGGCCGUGGCAGCCGCCCCAGCAGGGGAGGCCCACCCAGGACCCGCGGAGCACAACCCACACGGGGCCGAGGGGGCUAUACCCAGAGGGGGCCACCCAUCGGCGGGCCCAGGGGUGGCAGAGGAGGGGGCCGUGGGGGACCAUUCCAACCACAGAGGGGCCGAGGUACCCGAGGAGCCAGGGGGAACCGCGGGGGCAAUGUGGGCGGGAAGAGGAAGGCGGAUGUCUUCAACCAGCCUGACUCCAAGCGCCGGCAGAUCAACCAGCAGAACUGGGGGUCCCAGCCCAUCGCCCAGCAGCCCCUGCAGCAAGGGGCCGACUAUUCCGGUGGUGAAGCGAGAGCGGCAUCGCUUGAGUGAGGAAAGAACUCACCCUGAACGGUGUUCCUUACAAAAGGCCCGGACUGUAGGGGAGCUUCCCUCAAGCUAGCCCUCACCCUGCCCUUCCUGUGGACCAGUUAGGUUGGGCUCAUUUGAGAUGGAGUGGACUUAUGGCCCUCCUAAGGAGACCUCGGUUAUUUUCUCCAAACUCCCAGCCUGGGCAACAGUGGGCAUUGACAUCUCCCCUGACGAACUCCUGGCAUAUUUCCGAGCCCAGGCUGAUGAAAAAACUCCAAGGCUACUCUACUACAUCGAUCUCCUGUCCCCAUACCUCUCACCUCUGCUGCUAGUCUUUGUCAUAGCUGCUGCUGGCUACCAUGCUUACAGAAAAAUGCGUAAAUGGAAGGAGUGGUCGGAGGCAGAUGCCCUGUCUAAGCAGCUAUAUCAAGGCUUGGAACUUAAGGAGAGCCUGGCAGCAAGGGUGAGGGAGGCCAGUCAGCGCCUGGAGGCCCUGGAGGAGGCCAAGCGAGCUGUCCGUGGCAGAAGGGGCAGGCAGUGUCACCGCUGUGGCUCCUCCACCAGAUAACAUGAAGACAGUCUGCUGGACACCAGCCAGAGACAAUAAAAUAUGAGGGGAAAGUUGGGCUGUGUGUCCGUCCCCCCCCCCCCCCCCCCAUUUUUCAUUAAAUGAAAUAAAAGAUCCCAUUUUCCAUAUGCUCAAAAAGCCUAUUUCUCACACGUUGUGCACAAAUGUGUUUACAUCCCUGUUAGUGAUUUCUCCUUUGCCAAGAUAAUCCAUCUGACCGGUGUGGCAUAUCAAGAAGUUGAUUCAAUUGGAUGAUUAUUAAACAGCAGCACCUUGUGCUGGGUUGUAUAAUUGGUAUGCUGACUGCAGGAAUGUCCACCAGAGCUGUUGCCAGAGAAUGUAAUGUUCAUUUCGCUACCAUAGGUCACCUUCAAUGUUGUCUCAAGAGAAUUUGUCAGUACGUCCAUCUGGCCUCACAACCGCAGACCAUGUGUAACCAUGCUAGCCCAGGACCUCCACAUCUGGCUUCUUCGCCUGCGUAAUUGUCUGAGAUCAGCCACCCGGACAAGUGAUGAAACUUGAAUUCUGCAGUGAUACGCCAUCCCAUCUGGUUUGCGCUUAGUGGGACUAUCAUUUGUUUUUCAACAGAACAAUGACCCAAAAACACACCUCCAGGCUGUGUAAGGGCUAUUUGACCAAGAAGGUGAGUGAUGGAGUAAUGCAUCAGAUGACCUGGCCUCCACAAUCACCCGAACUCAACCCAAUUGAGAUUGUUUGUGAUGAGUUUGACCUCAGAAUGAAGGAAAAGCAACCAACAAGCUCAGCAUAUGUGGGAACUCCUUCAAGACUUUUGGAAAAGCAUUCCAGGUGACUACCUCAUGAAGCUGGUUGAGAGAAUGCCCAGAGUGCAAAGCUCAUCGAGGCAAAGGGUGGCUACUUUGAAGAAUCUAAAUAUAAAAUAUAUUUUGAUUUGUUUAACACUGUUUUUGGUUACUACAUGAUUCCAUGUGUGUUAUUUCAUAGUUUUGAUGUCUUCACUAUCAUUCUACAAUGUAGAUGAUAGUAAAAAUAAAGAAAAACCCUUGAA